GAAAGAGAGUUUUUGGGACAACAGUUCAGGAACAAGAUGGCUGUCCCGGGACAAGAAAACUAUCUUCAUUUUUUCACGUAAACACGGCUUUUUAGUGCGGUGCGCAGUUUAACGUACAUAGGUCAGUAGCGAACAACUUUAACCACUUUAAAGGCAUCGCUUUGUAACAAAAGACGUCGUUUUUGAGACUGAAUCUAAUCUCGGUUUGCGUUUUUUUGGAGGAAACUUUCUUUGACGGGUUGUCGAGGCUGAACGCUGCUGCAGCUGGUUAUGAGGAGCUGGACGACGUUACACAAAUAUCCAUAUUGUGACUUUUACACGCUGUGUGUUACGUUUUAUGGGCCUUUAGUUGGUUGUUUGUGUAACUUUGAGAGUCUGCUUUGGCUUUUAGGCGUGUAACGGUUUGUGUCUCUGAAGGCUCAACAUGCUUCAGUCGUUAUAAACAUUUAUUUUUAGAGGGGUUUUGUUGUUUUUUGGGGUAAAGUUCAACUUUAUCAGAUGUCCCGCACCACUUAGAAAAAGUACCGAGCUGGACCAUGAGUUCAUCCAGAGUCAGACCCCAGCAGCUUCCGCUGAGCCAGACUGGCAGGUCACCCAACAGACUGGACUCCAGCGAGGGCAUAGAGAUGGAGAACAUCCAGCAUCAAGACCUGGGUCUCGGAGGGGUCGUAGGCACCCCGUCCCCUCCGUCCAGACAAGCGUGGAGCCGGGAUAACCCGGGGUUUGAGCCCGAGGACGAAAUUAUGGAAGCCGACUGGCCUCAAGCAAGUCCCGGGAGGAGGUCGGUGUCCACGGCCUCCAGCAGCAGCUGCAGCAGCGGCCUGGGCAGCUACAAUCGCGGGGGCAGCAGCACCCACAUCCCCCGAGGAGGACUGUACCCGACCCCCACCCUGGAUGCCCAGCAGCAGGACAGGCAUGAGCACCUCAGCUGUAUGAAGCAGAUACUCCAAAAAAUCAGAAUCCUGUGGGGCACAGAGCUGAUGGAGGACUGUGAUAGCAGUCGAGAAAGGUACCUCAGGAACGUACUGAGGGAGAUGCUCACGUAUAUCGCAUUCCUCAUCACCAUUUGCAUCUUGACCUAUGGGAUGGUAAGCGCCAAUAUGUACUAUUAUACCAAAGUCAUGUCUCAGCUUUUCCUGGACACGCCGCUGUCUGCUGGGGAUCCUGCUACUUUUAGGAGCCUGUCAACCAUGGAGGAUUUCUGGAAGUUCACAGAGGGGCCCUUCCUCAAUGGCAUGUACUGGGAGGUGUGGUACAACAAUAAGAGCCUGCCAGAGAAUCAGAGUCUCAUUUACUACGAGAACCUCCUCCUUGGGGUGCCGCGGCUCCGGCAGGUCAAAGUUCGCAAUGAGUCCUGCUCCGUCCACGAAGAUCUGAGGGACGAGGUCCAGGACUGCUAUAACAUAUACACUCCAACCAACGAGGACACCACCUCCUUUGGCCCCAAGAAUGGAACUGCAUGGAUGUACACCACAGAGACUAAGAUGAACAGCAGCAGAUACUGGGGUCAGGUGUCAAAAUAUGGAGGUGGAGGAUACUACCAGGACUUGUCCCGUACCAAAGAGGAGUCAGCCAUCCAACUGCAGUUUCUCAAAGAUCAUUUGUGGCUGGACAGAGGCUCUAGAGCGGUCUUCCUCGACUUCUCGGUCUACAAUGGGAACAUUAACCUUUUCUGCAUUGCCAGGUUGUUGGUGGAAUUCCCUGCUACUGGUGGGGUGGUGACGUCUUGGCAGUUCCAAACAGUGCGUCUGAUUCGAUAUGUGUCCAGCUGGGACUACUUUGUGGGUGUGUGUGAAGUGGCAUUCUGCCUGUUCAUCCUCUACUACGUUGUGGAAGAAGUGUUGGAGAUCCGCAUCCACCGCCUGCAUUACUUCAAGAGCCUGUGGAACUGUCUUGAUGUCCUCAUUGUCGCGUUGAGUGUUGUUGCCAUCAUCAUGAACAUAACCCGAACAGCCAUGGUUGGAAACCUGCUCAAAGGCCUGUUGGACAACCACACUGCUCACCCCAGCUUUGAGCCUUUGGCCAAUCUGCAGGUCCAGUUUAACAACAUGGCUGCAGUUAUCGUCUUUUUUUCCUGGGUCAAGCUUUUUAAGUUCAUCAACUUCAAUAAGACCAUGAGUCAGCUGUCCAGCACUAUGUCUCGCUGUGCCAAGGACCUUGUGGGUUUUGCCAUCAUGUUCUUCAUCAUCUUCCUGGCGUAUGCUCAGCUGGCCUACUUGGUGUUUGGAACUCAAGUCAACGAUUUCAGCACUUUCCAGGCCAGCAUAUUUACUCAGUUCCGUAUCAUCCUGGGAGACUUCAACUUCUCAGAGAUUGAGGAGGCAAAUCCAGUGCUUGGACCCAUCUACUUCACAACCUUUGUCUUCUUCAUUUUCUUCAUUCUCAUGAACAUGUUCCUGGCCAUCAUCAAUGACACAUACUCUGAGGUGAAGGCUGACAUGUCCCAGCAGAGGUCUGAGAUGGAAAUGACUGACCUCAUUAGGAAGGGUUGUAACAAAGCUUUGAUGAAAUUGAGACUAAAGAAGACGGCAGUCGACGACAUCUCAGACAGUUUGCGUCAAGCCGGGGGAAAACUGAACUUUGAUGAACUCCGUCAGGAUCUAAAAGGAAAGGGCCACACAGAUGCAGAGAUACAAGCUAUCUUUGCCAAGUACGAUCACGAUGGCGAUCAGGAGCUGACAGAACAUGAACACCAGCAAAUGAGAGACGACCUGGAGAAAGAGAGAGAGGACUUGGAGCUGGAACGCAAUUCGCUGACUCGACCCAGCAGUGGGCGGAGCUUCCCUCGUACCCAGGACGACUCGGAGGAGGACGACGAUGAGGACAGCGGUCACAGUUCCCGUCGCCGUGGUAGCAGCUCAGGCGGUGUCUCCUAUGAAGAGUUCCAAGUGCUGGUGAGACGUGUGGACAGGAUGGAGCACUCUAUCGGCAGCAUAGUGUCCAAGAUAGAUGCUGUGAUUGUGAAGCUAGAAGCCAUGGAGAGGGCGAAACUUAAAAGAAGAGAUGUGCUGGGCCGACUGCUGGACGGAGUCAUGGAGGAUGAGCGUCUGGGACGGGACACGGACGCUCACAGGGAGCAGACGGACAGACUGGUGAGAGAGGAGCUGGAGCGCUGGGAGUCCGAUGACAUGGUCUCACAGGUGAGCCACCCACAGCCGGCCACUCCCGUCGGCCCCCGGCCUCGGCCGUCCUCCUCUCUGUCCACCGACGGCCUCGACGCCAGCACAAAUGGAAGCAGCCACGUGUGAAGCCGUGGCCCGCUGAAGAAUAUUCCACUCUAUUGGAAACCUCCCUGAAGCAGAACAAGUAACUGAAGAUGUUGGACAAUUUUUGCAGCACAAAACACUACACCUUAUUGAAGGAAGGACAAAGUCACAUGUACCUCACCUCAAAUACUAAUGCACUGACAGUGAGUGAGGUUCUCACCCCGAAGUGUUAUUAAAUCUAUCUAGAAAAAAGUAUUACUUUGAUAGAUGAUGAAACAAUAAAUACAUGAGAUGCUGAAGAAUCAUGAAGGAUUUGCAGUACAGCGUUCCACCACAGUAUUAGACACGUGUACCAGCCUGCAAGCUUAUUCACCACCACAAUCCAGUGUAUGAUUUUAAUAUUACAUGACAAAUAUCCUCACCUGCUUUUGAUCACUGUAUCCACACAUCUAAGCAUUUACACAAGUACUCAAAGGCAUUUCUAUGAAUGUUAAUUUUGCUGAUUAUUUUUUCACCAUUUUAAUAUACAAUAGGUACAAGCGUGGCACACUCUGUCAUAUUUACUCGUCUUCUGUACAAUUAAGCUUCAGAUUAAUUAGCUUAUCAGUUUAUGAUACAUAUUGUAACUUGAAACAAACUUCGAUUUGGAGUGCAUCUAGUGUUCAUGGGAAACCCAUGCAUUUAUUAUUUUUUUCUGUGCCUUACUUAUUUUUACAAUCUAUUCUUUUUGUAAUCUGUUUUGCCAAAUAAAGUGUUAUUAAAAUACA